AUGAAGGGAUUCAGACAGAGAGUGCACGAGCAGUUGUCGCGGGCAAAGGACGCCAACAAGUCCUCGAAGAAGAAAGACUCCUCCAAUUCCUCAUCCCAGAACCCAGCCUCCCUCGGCAUUCACCAAACACAGCAGUCGACAUCUCCGAGCCAAGGCACCCCCACAUCGUCUACAACCUCAUUGAAUGAUGCACGAGGCAAAUCGCCGGACAAUGCUUCGCCGGCAGGAACCCCGGCCGCAGGCGCCACGCCGACCCAACACUAUAUACCUCAAGGAGCCAGCGUUGCAGGCCAGCCCAUCAGCAAUGGCCCGGGUACCCCGACGAGGCAGGGCCAGUCGGUUGCACCCAGUGUGAUCAUCAGUCCUAGCGCACCGCAUGUUCCUCCCCCUGGUGCCGCCGAAACCAUGCCUGGAGACCUGGCGCCUCCGAGAAAGUCCCACGUCUUCGAUCGCCUUCAGACCACCCCGAAAGACAUGUCAGAAGGAAUCCGAACCCCUAAGCGCCAACACUCCUCGCGAUUCGACAUCUCCGACCAGCGUCAGCGAGAGCUGGAGAAGUUGCCCGGAUUCCAUGAGGUGGCUCCCAAUCGGCGCCAGGAUCUCUUUAUGCAAAAGAUUGAUCAGUGCAACAUCAUUUUCGAUUUUAAUGACCCUACUGCCGACAUGAAGUCCAAAGAGAUUAAGAGACUGGCUCUCCACGAGCUCUUAGAUUACGUCGCCAACAACCGGUCUGUCAUUACGGAGCCCAUGUACCCUCGUGUCGUGGAGAUGUUUGCCAAGAACCUAUUUCGCCCGAUUCCCCCGCCUAUGACACCCCAGGGCGAGGCAUUUGACCCGGAGGAGGACGAGCCCGUUCUCGAGGUCGCGUGGCCCCACAUCCAGGUUGUCUACGAGUUCUUCUUGCGAUUCAUCGAGAGCCAGGACUUCAACACAAACAUUGCCAAAGCGUAUAUUGACCAUCAGUUUGUGCUUCAGUUGCUUGACCUUUUUGACUCCGAAGACCCUCGGGAGCGCGAUUUUCUGAAAACAACCCUGCAUCGAAUUUACGGCAAAUUCUUGAACCUGCGGUCAUACAUUCGGCGAUCUAUCAACAAUGUCUUCUUCCAAUUCAUGUACGAGACCGAGAGACACAACGGUAUCGCCGAGCUGCUGGAGAUUUUGGGUUCCAUCAUCAACGGGUUUGCGCUGCCUCUCAAGGAGGAGCACAAGCUGUUCUUGACUCGCGUCUUGCUACCCAUGCACAAGGUCAAGAGCCUAAGCAUGUAUCAUCCUCAGCUGGCAUACUGUAUCGUCCAGUUCCUCGAGAAGGACUCGAGCUUGACUGAAGAUGUUGUUCUUGGACUGCUACGCUACUGGCCAAAGACAAACAGCACCAAGGAAGUCAUGUAUCUCAACGAGGUCGAGGACAUCUUUGAAGUGAUGGAUCCCGCCGAGUUUGCCAAGGUCCAGGAGCCUCUUUUCCACCAGCUGGCCAAAUCUGUCGCCAGCCCACACUUCCAGGUUGCCGAGCGUGCUCUCUACUUCUGGAACAACGAGUACUUCUGCAACCUAGUGAGCGAUAAUGUGGAAACCAUUCUACCGAUAAUGUUCGCCCCGCUUUACGAGAACUCCAAGGGACACUGGAACCGGACUAUCCACAGUAUGGUGUAUAAUGCCAUGAAGAUGUUUAUGGAGAUUAAUCCUCAACUGUUCGAUGAGUGCUCCCAUGAAUACACCGAGCACCAGAACGGCGCCGACCAACGUGAAAAGACUCGCCAGGAUCGGUGGGACGUGAUUGAACAACAAGCCACCAUGAGGAAGAAUGGCGCUCCUCCCCCACCUGCGCCCGCACUCAAUGUGCCAGAGCCAAUCGAUGAGGUGGAGGCCAUGACUAACGAAAGUCAAAAGCGGCUGAACACCCUCAAGAUCCAGGAGGAUGCCGAGGCGCUCAAGGAUCGACCUGCUCGGGAAGGAACCCCAACUUCGGUGAGUCCCGAGCAUAUUUGA